UCAAAAUAGUCUUCUGUCUUCUUCCUUCUUUUUCUUUCUAUAUAGUUUCCAUGUUCAUAUAAUAUAAUAAUUGUACACACAAACACAUAUUUGCAUAACGGCCCAUGAAUGAAAAUGGCCACAACCUCUGCCUUUGCAAUUUUAUCCAUCUUUAAUCUCCUCCUCUUCUCCACAUUUGCUGCUGUCGCUCUCGAUAUCGGUAUCGGCAUCGGCAUUGGCGGCAAUGGAAAGACCCCUCCGCCGUCGGAAUCCCCUGAUUGCAACACUCCUCCUCCUCCACCACCACCACCACCACCACCUCCUCCUCCUCCUCCACCGCUGCCAAAGCCGCCAAAAAAGCAACCACCACCGACCUCCCCAAAAAAUCCUCCAAAGAAACCCCCGGCGCUGCGAUUUGAGAGCGAGAGAAUUAAAAUUGCGUAUUAUGUGAUAAAAAACUACAAAAGUAGAAUCGAGAAUGACCCAUUGCAGAUUAAGAAAACAUGGGUUGGGACAAACGUUUGUAAUUACACAGGAUUCAGUUGUGAAGUAGUUCCCAAUUACGGAAAACAGAGAGGGGUUUCGGGCCUUAGCUUCAACAAUUUCAAUUUCAGUGGCCGAAGAUUGAGCCUGGAUGGGCUGGUGGAAAAGCUGCCGGAUCUCACAUUCUUCCAUGCGAAUUCAAACUUCUUCUUCUCCACCAUCCCCAAACUCAUCUCCACCGUCAACUUCUUUUACGAGCUCGAUCUUAGCAAUAACAACUUUACAGGGCCGUUCCCGAGUGAAGUACUGGGCGCCGUUAAUCUGACCUUCUUGGACAUCCGGUUCAAUCAAUAUUACGGUCCGAUUCGAUCAGAGUUGUUUGACAUGGAUAUUAUCACCGCCAUCUUUCUCAACAACAAUAAGUUUAAUCAGGACAUUCCUGCCAACCUCGGCAACACCCCUGCUCGGUACCUAACGUUCACGAGCAACGAGUUCACCGGCCCAAUCCCAAAAAGCAUCGGAAUCGGAAAAACAAAGAAGAACCUAAUCGAAGUUCUGUUCUCCGACAACAAGCUUUCCGGCUGCUUACCCAUGGAGAUCGGUCUCUUAGAGAACACCGUUCUCUUCAACGCAAGCAAAAACUCCCUCACCGGCCCAAUCCCAUACUCCUUUUGCUGCUUAACCAAAAUGCAGAUUCUCAAUUUCUCCGACAACAACUUAUACGGCGCCGUGCCUGAGGACGUCUGUAAAUUACCCAACCUCCAGAGAUUCAACCUUCGCAACAAUUUCUUUACCCAAGUCGGCCCCAUCUGCCGGAGCUUGAUCUGGAAGGACGUCCUAGACGUUUCUGGAAACUGCAUUUUGGGUCUGCCGAAACAGAGGCCGGAGAAGGAAUGUACGUACUUCUUUAGCAAACCUCAUUCUUGUCCUGAUGACAAGUCCAUGAAGAUCAUUCCUUGUAAGGCUACGGAUUACCGGCCCCAUCCACCACCACCGAGGAAGCUGACGGAGAUGAGAACUUAUGCCGCUCUUAUUCCUAAUUGAUUUUAUGUCUAUUAGUAUCAUUAAAGUUUGCAAUAUGAAGCUGUAUUAUCAAUUCCUAAGAUUAAGAUUUGUGUACUAAGUAAAAUGCUCCAACUCUUUCUCAUGAUUGAAUCGUAUAUAUUAAGAAAGGGUUAGUUAUUUGGUAA